AUGAAACUUUAUUCAUCCAAUAAUGUCAUUUUAAUAUUAUGUAUGAUAGUUCAAACAAUUUCCGAAAAUGUAAAUAACAUUUCUUGGUUACAGCUAGAAAAUUGUGUUAAAAAUAUUUCUCCUCUCAUGUUAAAAAUGUUUUGUUCCGGAAAAGUUCCAUCAAUGAUGUGGAAAUGUGAAUUAAAUCAAUUAAGUUUGAAACAAACCAAAAAAUCACCAAUAAUAGCAAGUAAAAAUAUUAAAAAUCUAAUUCCAACAAAAAGUUACAAAGAUGCAAAACCUAACGGUAUAGACAUCAAAUCGACUAAUGAAAGUAUAGAUAAUUACAAUCCACACUAUCUAAAAGAUGGUGAUUCACAAUAUGAUACUAUCACUUUAGUUGGAGGGGCAUUUGGAUGCAUAGGGCUUGCUUUGGCAAUAAUAGGAAUAUUCUACUAUAAACAUUAUAAAGAAACAUUUUGA